CCCCAUGGCCCAGACCAAUCGUAUUUCACCAACAGGGACGUUCCAGUAUUUUUUCCUGGUCCGACAGAAACAAUCGUUGUGGAGCAAUCGAUUGAGUACAACUGAGUAUAGCUGAAGUUUGGCUAUCGUACAUUAAUGCCUACUUUUAGAAUUCCGCGCGAAACAACACGCAUUUUCUUCGCGCCAGUGGUGGUGACUGCAGUGGAUUUGUAGCACGGCUUUAAUCGUCAGACGUCAUGGGAAUACACGGGCUUGCCAAACUGAUUGCAGACCAGGCACCUACCGCCAUCAAAGAGCAAGAAAUAAAGAGCUACUUUGGGCGAAAGAUCGCUAUUGAUGCAUCCAUGUGCAUUUACCAGUUUCUGAUCGCUGUCAGACAAGAUGGCAAUGUGCUGCAGAACGAUGAUGGGGAGACCACAAGCCAUCUCAUGGGCAUGUUCUAUCGGACCAUCCGCAUGCUGGAGAGUGGCAUCAAGCCCGUCUAUGUGUUUGAUGGCAAACCCCCACAGCUGAAAUCAGGAGAGCUGGAGAAGAGAGGGGAGAGGAGAGCAGAGGCUGAAAAACUGCUUGCCCAGGCCCAGGAAGCUGGUGAACAGGAGAACAUUGACAAGUUCAGCAAGCGCCUUGUGAAGGUCACUAAGCAACAUAACGAGGAGUGCAAGAAGCUGCUUACGCUCAUGGGGGUGCCUUACGUUGAUGCUCCGUGCGAGGCAGAGGCCUCCUGUGCCGCCCUGGUGAAGUCUGGGAAGGUGUUCGCCACGGCAACGGAGGAUAUGGACGGGCUGACGUUUGGAACCAACGUCCUCCUGAGGCAUCUCACAGCCAGCGAAGCAAAGAAGCUGCCCAUUCAGGAAUUUCAUUUCAGUCGUGUUCUUCAGGAGACGGGGCUAACACAUGAGCAGUUUAUAGACCUGUGUAUCCUGCUGGGCUGUGACUACUGUGGGACCAUCAAGGGGAUCGGCCCCAAGAGAGCAGUGGACCUCAUCAAGCAGCAUGGCAGCAUUGAGGAGAUCCUGGAAAACAUCGACCUCAAUAAAUACCCACCACCUGAGGACUGGCUGUAUAAGGAGGCCCGGGGGCUGUUUUUGGAACCAGACGUGGUGGACUGUUCAACUGUUGACCUCAAGUGGAACGAGCCCGAUGAGGAGGCACUCAUCAAGUUCAUGUGCGAUGAGAAACAGUUCAGUGAGGACCGGAUGCGUAACGGCUGCAAGAAGAUCAUGAAGAGUCGCCAGGGGAGCACGCAGGGACGACUGGACUCCUUCUUCUCCGUCACCGGAUCGCUCUCCUCCAAACGCAAGGAGCCACAGCAGAAUGGCUCCGCUAAGAAGAAACAGAAGACUGGUGCUACUCCUGGCAAGUUCAAGAAGGGACGGUAAAGAAAGAGGAGAUGGGAUUACUACUAUUUGGAGUCCAGAACAGAAGUGUUUACGUGUGGUGAAAGCGGUGUUCACCUUUAUUCCAUUCCUCUCCAUGAUUCCAGACAAUAUUGGUUCACAAAAUCAUUUUAAUGAACUCAACGAAGCUGUAGAUAACUGUUUUAAUAAAUAUUUUUUGUCUGUGUUUACCAAAAUAAAGUUGGAUUGUGUAUUUCCUGAAAGUA